AUGACAAAUAUUCAAGAAAACCGUAGACCUAGAAGGCUUGGUGGCCUAGCAAGCGUCCUAGCGUUGGCUACUGCCAAUUCUCCCAAUGUUUUCUAUCAAGACGCCUACCCUGACUACUACUUUAGAAUCACCGAUAAUGAGCACAUGACUGAUCAGCUCAAGGAAAAGUUCAAGCGAAUAUGUGAGAGGUCAACGAUCAAGAAGAGGUACAUGUUCUUGACUGAGGAGAUUCUAAAGCAGAAGCUGAACCUGUGCUCGUUCAUGGAAGAGAACUCACUAGACACUCGCCAUGACAUAGUUGUGGAAGAGGUGCUAAAGCUCGGAGCAAAGGCGGCCGUUAAAGCUGUCAAGGAAUGGGGACGUCCACUCUCAGAGAUCACUCACCUUAUCUUCUGCAGCACGGGCGGUGUUGACUUACCGGGGGCUGACUUCCAGCUCAUCAAGCUCCUUGGCCUCUCAUUGUCCACUAAACGUAUUAUGCUCUACGGCUUGGGCUGCUACGCCUGCGGCAGAGUCUUAAGAAUAGCUAAGGAUCUCACAGAAAACAAUCAGAAUGCCUGUGUACUUGUCGUAUGCUCAGAGAUGACUUCCAUUGGCUUCUGUGGGACUGAUGAUGUGCACAUUGACAGCCUUAUAGGGCAAGCUAUCUUUGAAGAUGAGUCAUCUGCGGCGGUGGUGGGAGUAAACCCCAUUCCUGGCAUGGAAACUUCCUUUUUUGAACUGGUGUCCACAGACCAAGUCAUCAUCCCUGACAGCGAGAAAGAAAUUCAUCGUCACCUUAGAGAAGUAGGGCUUACGUUCCAUUUGCGAAGUGAUGUACCAAAUACCAUUAGCGAAAAUAUGGAGGAGAGCUUGUUGAAGGUGUUUGAACGACUAGGCAUGCCCAUCUCGGACUGGAACUCGUUAUUCUGGAUCACACACGCUGGAGGGCGUGCCAUUUUUGACAGAAUCGAAGAAAAACUGGGGUUGAAGCCUGAGAAGCUAAAAGCUACGCGUCACGUGAUGAGUGAGUAUGGGAACAUGAUCAGCUGUUGUGUGUUUUUCGCCAUGGAUGAGAUGAGGAAGAGCUCAAUGCCGGAAGGGCUACGUACUGCUGGAGAGGGGCUCGAAUGGGACGUGCUUCAUGGCUUUGGUCCAGGGCUGACCAUGGAGACUGUUGUCCUCCGUGCACCACCUCUUGGUGGCCUUGUUUCAAAUUGA